GAGGCGGACAUCGGGCUUGCUGAGACGCCCGAGCACUCUCCCGCGGAGGCUGAGGUUCUCGACCGGCCUCUUGGGCCCCAAGCGCCGCCCUCUGCAAUCCACGAGGGCAGCGCCGCAGACGAGGCAGUGGAACUUGCCUCCGAGGGUGGCGUGGCGACCACGGCGGACGCGGCGGGCGCCACUCGCGCGGAGGGCGCUGCAGCUCUGCGCCUCCGGCUGACGCUCGUGCGAGCCCUGCUGCGCUCCCAGCUGCAGCGCGCGGCGGAGGCGGCCGAGGAGGCCUACGGCCGGGCGCUCGCUCUGGCCCGGGCGGGGCUGCGCGAAGACCGCUGGGGCUGCGCGCGGCUCUGCGCCGACCGCGCCGUGGUCCGGCGGCGGCUGGGGGACUUGGCGGGGGCCCUGGCGGACGCGGACGAGGCUCUCUCGACGUUCCCUCGGUACGCGCGGGCCCUGUUCCGUCGGGGGCUGGUGCUGCUGGAGCUCGGCAGGCCGAGAGAUGCCGUCCGCGCCUUUGAGGGCGUCUUGAGGCUCGACCGCCGCUGGCCGCAGCUCUGCCACUGGCUCGCGCGGGCGCGGGCGGAGUCGCGGCGCGCCGACGUGGCACGGGGCGCUGCGCGGGGAGCGGCAGAGGACGAGGCUGGAGAGAACUACUACGGUCUCCUAGGCGUCUCCGCCGACUUCACCCUGGACGAACUGAAGCACGCCUUCAGGAGGGCUAGCCUCACGUACCAUCCCGACAAGCCCGGGGGCUCGGAGCGCGCCUUCCGGCGCGUGGCGGCCGCCUACGAGACGCUCGCGGAUCAGGAGCGGCGCAAGUCUUACGACCAGGGCCGGGAUCUGUCGGACUCUUUUUUCCAGGAGAUUGAGCGAGAGUAUUUUCCUGAGCGGUACGGCUUCUGGCCUUUUGGCGACCCCUAUGAGGACAAGCGGCGAUUUAUGUCCUUACGCCGUGGCCAGACUAGCCAGAGGGGUGCCCAGGAGCAGGCAUGGGAUCUAUGA